AUGGACGAAAUCGUAAGCACAGGAGGCGAUCCUCGAGAAGCAGAUCCUCAUCACAUGAUCGUUCAAGCCGAUCUAGUCGUCGGAGAAGAUCGAGAUCGUCUUCGAGAGACCGGCGAAGAUCAUCCGGAAGCAGCAGUAGAAGACGCAACCGAGACAGCCGGUCUUCCUCUCGCGAUCGUCAUUCUCGUUCGCGCGAGUCUCGCGACCGAGACACCCGAAAUCGCCGAGAAUCUCGAAAAAGAAGCGUUCCCAAAGAAAAAAUCACGAUCACCACUUCCGCAAAUUCAAAAGACCUCGACAUGCGUUCCCAAAACAAAACCAGUGGCUCUCAGUGAUCCAUUCGCUGAUGAAUCGUUUGACGCGUUUGACUCUUUUGGCGGCGGAAAUCUCUCGAGGCAGAGAAAGGAUUCAGACACGAGGAGGAAAAAUAGAACGAAUAACGAUUCUGACACGAGGAAAAUCGCACUUUCCACGAAUCCACUCGCGGGAGAAUUCAAACCAGCGGAGAGAAUGAGAAAGCCGCCAACAGAAGAAGUUGCCAAUCUAUCUGCUCCGUCAUUAACCCUUCUUUGCGACCCAUAUCCGAAAAAAGACACAGCUCAAGAAAGUGAACCGAAAGAAAUUCCAAUCACAUCCGACUCAUCUGUGGACUCCACUUCCUCGGCCAGCAGAACGACGCCGAAGGAUGUUCCGAACAUUGAACUGCCAAAUACAUUUGUUACCAACGAUUACGAUUCUGGAGAGGACGAUUACGAUCCAGCUAAUUGUGCCUUUAGCGACCACGAGUCAGAUGACAAUCCAACAAAUCCACUGGCGCGAGCGCUAAACGCUUUCAAAGAAGCACCAACGUCAAAUCGUUCUUCAAGCAGUAGCAUGGUUAUGAGCCCUGUAACUCCUCCAACAGAAGAUGAGGGAAGUGGAGCGCUGAAAAUAGAUUCUGGAUCAGUGACGGACAUAAGCCCAAAGCCAAUGAGUGACAGUGGAAGCCUUAAGCCACAGGCAGUAGUACCUCCUCAAAAGCCAGCGCCGCCGCCAAUGCAAUCGCUUCUGACCUCGCAGCUUUCGCAACCCUCCUCAUCUCUAUUCGCGCCACUUCAGAUGCCUUCAAGACAGCCACCGCUAAUGUCGCCGAGCGGAGGAAUCACGAGAUCAGAUUCGAAGGCAGGAUUGCUCUCUGCUCUUCAGAACUCGUCUUCGAUUGAAAAUCAGCCUCUUCUCAAUAUUGUUCAAAAUUUGUCAGAGAUUAAAAAUCAGCUGAACUUGAACAAGUCUCUUCACGACAUGAUAGCCCAGCAAGAUAAAGAAGACAAAAAGAUGAAAAAGUCGAAGAAAACCAGUUCUGGCAGAGAAGUUUUCAAGAAACGAAAAGAUUUCCAACGCGCGGUGGUCAACUGCUCCAAAGAAAGUAUAAAGCCGUUUUAUAAAAGCAGAAAAAUCGACAAAGACCAGUACAAGAAGAUUAUGAAGGAGUGCGUGUCCAAAAUUGUGCAUAGCUCAAAGAGCUAUACUCUGGAUAAAGCAAAAGUCGCACACACGAUCGAGAAAUAUGUGAAUAAGUACUCCAAGAAAUCAAGGUUCUAG